GCUCAGUAGCCACAGUUCCUGGAUGCGCGCGCGACAAAGCGAAAAUGGCGAAUGCAACAUUCCAUUGAAUGAGUAGGCGAGUGUUCAAUUUGCACAAGUAUUCCAGCUAAAACAAGGUGCGGUUUUAAAAUUUUUCUCGCCCAUCUUAGUAGGAGCCGUGUGAGUGCGUGGUGCUUUCGGGCGCCACAUGGUCACGAUGGCCAUGGCUGCGGCGAGCGCCAUGCGGCCAUUAGCUCCCCUCUUCCUUUUCUUCUUCUUCUCCCUUGCCGCCUCCGCGAGUGACAACAUUCUUGCCAACUCAUCUCUCGCCGAUGGCCAGAAGCUUGUCUCGGCCGGUGGGGUCUUCGAGCUCGGGUUCUUCACCCCGCCGGGCUCGACGACGGCGGCGAGGUUCUUGGGAAUAUGGUACAGGGACAUCGAUCCGCCGACCGUGGUGUGGGUGGCCAACCGGGAUGCUCCGGUGAGCGGCACGGCCGGGAGCUUGGCUGUCGUCGUCAACGGCGGCGGCGGCGGCGGCGGUGGUCGUCUGGUGCUCGGCGAUGGGUCGGGGCGAGUGGUGUGGUCGUCGGCGCCGUCGAACGUAACCGCGAGUGAUCCUGUGGCGGCGAGGCUGUUGGAUAGUGGCAACUUCGUGCUCGCCGGCGGCGGUGGCUCCGGGGAUGUGAUCUGGCAGAGCUUCGAUUACCCGUCGGACACUCUGCUCCCCGGCAUGAAGUUUGGGUGGGACCUCACCACCGGGCUCGACCGCUACCUGACGACGUGGAGGAGCGCCGGCGACCCGUCGCCGGGCGACUACACGUUCAAGAUCGACCCGCGCGGCGCGCCGGAGGGGUUCAUCUGGUACAACGGCACGUCGCCGGUGUACCGGAACGGGCCGUGGGACGGGCUGCAGUUCAGCGGCGAGCCGGAGAUGGAGCCCAACAACACCAGCUUCCGCUUCGAGUUCGUCGCCAACCGCACCGACGUCUACUACACCUUCGUCGUCGACGGCGGCGGCGGCGGCGGAGUCCUCUCGAGGUUCGUGCUGAACCAGUCGAGCGCGCAGCGGUACGUGUGGCUGCCGCAGGCCGGCGGGUGGAGCCUCUACUGGUCGCUGCCGCGGGACCAGUGCGACCAGUACGCGCACUGCGGCGCCUACGGCGUCUGCGACGUCGGCGCCGCGUCGAUGUGCGGCUGCCCGGCCGGGUUCGCGCCGGCGUCGCCCAGGAACUGGGAGCUCAGGGACAGCUCCGCCGGGUGCGCGCGGCGGACGCGGCUCAACUGCACGGGCGACGGGUUCCUGCCGCUGCGCGGCGUGAAGCUUCCCGACACCACCAACGCGACGGUGGACGCGGCCAUCGCCGUCGACCAGUGCAGGGCGAGGUGCCUGGCCAACUGCUCCUGCGUGGCGUACGCCGCGUCCGACGUCAGGGGAGGCGGGAGCGGCUGCAUCAUGUGGAGCUCGCCGCUCGUGGACAUCAGGAAGUUCUCCUAUGGCGGCGAGGACCUGUUCAUGCGUCUCGCCGCAUCCGAUUUGCCAACCAAUGGGGAUGAUUCCAGCAGGAAAAACACAGUGCUCGCUGUUGUCCUAAGCCUAUCUGGUGUUGUUCUUCUGGCGUUGGCUGCAUUCUUCGUCUGGGACAAGUUAUUCAGAAACAAAGUUGCAAAUCCAGUGAGAUUUCAGAGUCCUCAAAGGUUCACCUCAUUUGACUCAAGUAUCCCUCUGAAUCAAGUCCAAGACAGGAAAAUGGAGGAUGAAACCAGGCACAGCAACGAAUUGAAUGUCACUCUCUUUGACUUCAACACGAUAGCCUUCUCCACUGACAAUUUCGCGAACUUGGCUAAGCUCGGUGAAGGUGGUUUUGGUCCUGUCUACAAGGGAGAAUUGGAUGGAGGGCAGACAGUGGCAGUGAAGAGGCUGUCCAAAUUCUCGACGCAGGGGCUGGACGAGUUCAAGAACGAGGUCAUGCUCAUCGCGAGGCUCCAGCAUGUGAACCUUGUCAGGCUUCUCGGCUGCUGCAUCCAUGGCGAGGAGAGGAUGCUGGUGUACGAGUACAUGGAGAACAAGAGCCUCGACAACUUCAUCUUCGACAAGGCUCGAUCAGCUCAGCUGAACUGGUCGAAGCGAUUUAACAUCAUACUCGGCAUCGCACGGGGCCUCCUGUAUCUGCACCAGGACUCCCGGUUCAAGAUCAUCCACAGGGAUCUCAAGGCCGGCAACAUCCUGCUCGACGGAGACAUGAACCCCAAGAUCUCCGACUUCGGCGUCGCGAGGAUCUUCGGCGACGACACCGACUCGCACACCAGAAAAGUCGUCGGGACAUAUGGGUACAUGUCGCCGGAGUACGCGAUGGACGGCGUGUUCUCGGUGAAGUCCGACGUGUUCAGCUUCGGCGUGCUGGUGCUGGAGCUCGUCAGCGGCCGGAAGAACCGCGGGAUGUACAGCAGCGGCGAGCAGACGAGCCUGCUCAGCCACGCGUGGAGGCUGUGGAGGGAGGGCAACGCGCUGGCGCUGCUCGACGAGGCGGUGGCCGGCGGCGGCGGCGGCGGGGGGUACAGCAGGUCGGAGGUGCUGCGGUGCGUGCAGGUGGGGCUCCUGUGCGUGCAGGAGCGGCCGGAGGACCGGCCGCACAUGGCGGCGGUGUUCAUGAUGCUGGGCAACCUCAGCGCGGUGGUGCCGCAGCCGAGGCACCCGGGCUUCUGCAGCGACCGCGGCGGCGGCGGCGGCUCGACCGACGGCGAGUGGUCGUCCACCUGCACCGUCAACGACGUCACCGUCACCAUCGUCGAAGGCCGGUGACCAGUGCACUGUACCGAACUUUGUGGAGUAAAAAUGUAAAUUAAAUCACAUUACAUUACAGCAUCAGCAAAGUUCAGGCUACUGUAUAUAUGAUGCAUUUUUUCCGGAACACGCAAAAGAAUUAAUUGCACACCAAAAUAUGUUACAAGAAACUAAGAAAGCAAAUUAAUAAUGUUCAAAAA